UUGCCACACGCGCACUGCGUGUCUCUGCACCUCAGCUGGAAAUAAUAAACAAACAAGCAAACAAAAGCUUUUUUUCCUGCAUCUUAUUCGUGAAGGCGAGGAUUUUUCUGAUAGACAUUACUCAGAAGAGAUGUGCAAUGCAAGCCGCUUAUAAAGGCGGGGAGGCCCAACCCUUGGCCAUGAACAGUGAACUGAACGUUCCUGUGGCCUCGUCCACUGCCGGGAUGUCUGAUCGGCUCCAGGAUGGAGGGGGGAUGGAUUAUCGGGACUGGGUCCGACGCAGCUAUCUAGAGCUGGUGACCUCUAACCAUCACUCUGUGCAGGCGCUCUCCUGGAGAAAGCUUUACCUAAGUAGGGCCAAGCUCAAAGCGUCAAGCCGGACAUCGGCCUUGCUCUCCGGUUUCGCCAUGGUAGCCAUGGUUGAGGUCCAGCUGGAAGUGCAGUACAACUACCCGCGUGCUCUACUGGUGGGAUUCAGCGUGUGCACAACCGUGCUGGUGGCUGUCCAUCUGUUCGCACUGCUCAUCAGCACAUGCAUUUUGCCUAACGUGGAAGCGGUAAGCAACAUCCAUAACCUGAACUCGGUGUGCGAGUCACCCCACGAGCGAAUGCACCACUACAUCGAGCUGGCCUGGGGGUUUUCGACGGCGCUCGGCAUCUUGCUGUUCCUCGCCGAGGUCGUUCUGCUUUGCUGGAUCAAGUUCCUACCCGUGGACUCUGGGACGAUGACUAAACCGGCGGGACAGGGGCAGGCAUCGACAGUGCCUGUUUCUGAGCCGGGGCACAGCGGCUGGCAGGCGGCACUUGCCUCCACUAUCAUCAUGGUGCCCGUGGGGCUCCUCUUCGUCAUAUUCACUGUGCACUUUUAUCGCUCGCUGGUGCGCCACAAAACCAAGCGGCACGACCAAGAGAUCGAGGAGUUGCACAAGAUCAAAGUGCAGCUGGACGGCCAAGAGCGCGGCUUACAAGCUGUGUGAUCUUCAGGGAUUUUUUGUUUUGUUUGUUUUUGCUUCUUUCUUUUUUUUUGCAGUCUUUAUGCAGCAAACACUUUAACUUUUAAGUUCUUUCCCUGCAUCUUUUUAAAGCUAAUGCAAUGAUUUCGGAUGCAGAGUUUACAGAGGUGCAGCAAGGGCUAUUUUGUUCCCUGCUUGUUUGGAUUUUUCUAAUGGUUUAAUGAUUUCUUUAAGGGGUUUCUCUAUAUUGGACUCCUAGGUUCCACGUUUGCAAUCUGUGUGGUGUUUAUGCAAGGGAGACCAAUGUCUUUAUCUAGCCUCCGAUGGAUGACUAAAAACAUAAUUGUCCAGAUUUUAAGGUGAUAGCUUAUUGGUAGGUAUUGGUAAACUGACUAGUUAGGAGCAUAAACACAGACGUAGAAUUUUUUUGUUUAAACCUGUAAUCCCUAUAACCUAUAAACAUGCAAUCUGCUUGUCCUUGACUACUGAUUUGACCGUGCCUGCAUGUCAUAGCUGUGACAAAACCAAUCCUACAAUACAUAUGGAUGCAAAGAACUCAAGAAAUUUCUGUAAGUAAGUUAAUGUAGGCUCACUGCCAAAGUGUGUCAUAUAUGUAACAAUGCCAAACCACAUCUUUGUGCGUUUUAUGAGCUUUUAAUGUUUGUUGUUGUUGUUUUUUUUUCUUUUCCCCCCUAUCACAAAGGAUGUAGUGUUACAUGAUUCUUAUAUAGAGGAGUUCAUGCUUACAGCCUGUAGAUGUUACAGCAGAUGUUUGUCUUUUAAAUAACUUUAAUGGACCAUUUAAUAAUGACUGAUAAUCUAACAGUCUUAACCUCUUAAUAUUUACACCUCUUUUUUAAAAAAAAGAAAAGGAAAAAAAAGAAAAAUUGCACAUUUCAGUAUUUAUAGUUUGGAAGCACAAACCAGAAUCGUUGUGUACUGGGGCUUUUGGAGUCUGUUUGUGUCAGUUUACACUACAGGUGGUUUACAUGAGGAAACUUACCCAGCGUCAGAUAUAAGCCACACAGUCUCAUAUCAAUAUUAAACCCACGUCGGAGAUGCGCGAGGCUCGUCUUCGUCCGACAAGCUCGAGACGUCUCGUCUGAACUUUUGAAUGCUGUUUACGUCACUGGAGGACAUUGUGAGGACAACAUUCCAAAGUGGCUUGGCCAACAGUUUGCCUGCCUUAUCUUAAACACAAGACAUGAAGUGCACUUGUAGUGUAAUGAGUCGUAUUCCAUUAAACGUGAUCACGAUACAUGAAACAUGCUCUACACCUUUUGGGUCAAAUGCAAACGAGUCGUCGGAUCGUUACUUUGUGCUUGUGUAUAUCGAUGCACAAACUAAUAUUUAUGUUCCAUAUCCAUUUAUAUUAAAGCUGUAGAAAUCAUGUGCCCCUCCCACCAAGAGGAACACCUUUGACAUCAUGAAAUGCACAUCUUGUAGACAUCUUGUAGCUGCAAUCUGUGCGGUUUUGUGAGGAUGGACAUCCCGGCACAGUCUAUAACCAAGAGAAAUGUUAUGUCACGUUGCAUGUCUGUCAACAAACCUGUAUGUUAAUUUAUGUCAAAUAAACACCUUAUUUUGUUUAUUUUA